AUCUGGAAGCCCAGAACAGAACACAACUCGUAUUUUAGGCCUAGAACCGGAGAUAAUGCGAGCUCUUCGCUAUCAUAUAACUAUUCAUUGCCCAUUCAGGCCAUUUGAGGGUCAUCUGGUAGAAAUGAAGACGCGAAUGUUACUAUUGAACUUCAACGUAGAGACAGUUCGAGAACCUGCGGACCAAUUUUUCAGAAAAGCUCUUUUGUCUGAUGUCAUGCUUAUGUAUCCACCUUCACAAAUAGCUUUGGCAGCUUUGAAAUAUGGCUUGGAUGCGUUAGAUAAAUCUCCCGAUGUCCUUGCCGAGUUUCUACAAAAACUCAUGGGAGUGGAGGAUGACUGGAAGGGAAUGCAUGGAGAUGCAUUGCAAACAAUAGAUAAAUUGAUAGUCAGAUUAAAUGAUAUUAUUGAUGUUGUCAAUCAUGGAGCGAAGCCCUUAACCCCGGAAGAGCAUGCGUCGAUCCAGGCAAGAACGGAAGAUUGGGCAGCGUUAAAUCUGGCCUUGGAAGAGCGUCGUCAGUCAAGGCCAGGUUAUAUAAAGAAAGAGGAUCCAGUAGAUUCUGAUGAUGAAUAGUA